ACUCCCCAGUUCUCACUUUCCAUUUCUUUCCUCGCUUCCAAUUCAAUUUCUCUCUUCUCGAUCUCCAAAACAUCUCUCUCGCUCCCCCUCAGCAACUGCAACUGCAAUGGCUUGGUUUUGAACUCCGUUCCUCGACAAUGGCGGUUUCUUAGAGAGAGCUCGUGUCUACGAACCGAGAGAGUGGUCCGUUUCCCCUUUUUCUUCGUCUCCUUUUUGGCUGCUUUCUCUGCUUCUGUCAAGCGGGAAAGUGAUGAAAUGUGUUGAGGUUUAAGGUUUUCAGCUCGCAAAUCUCUGUUUUAGGUUUAGGUUUUGUAUUUCUCUUUCAAUUUAGGAGUAGUUUCAAGCUUGUGGAGAAUAAUUUAUUCGAUUAAGAUAUGGUUUCCGUCGUUGUCGUCUGUGCUUGGGGGAAGUAAAUUAGAAGCUACGUUAGGUUUUCGUCACUUGGUCUGUAAGCUGUCCAAUUGGAGCGAUGAAUCGGAGUUUUAGGGCACAAGAUUCGCUAAUGCUUGACUCGGUGGAGAGGCAAAGACAGCAUCUUAGGGCUUCUAUGAUGGCCGAGAAGGAAGAAGAGCUCGCUUUGUUCCUUGAGAUGAGACGGAGAGAGAAAGAUCAUGACAAUCUCCUCAACAACCCUGAAGAGUUUGAAACUCCAUUAGGUUCCAAGCCUGGUACAUCGCCUAUGUUCCACAUUUCAAUGGCUAAGCCGGCGCACAAGAAGGCUGCACCAGAUGAUUUUCUGGAGUCUGAGGGCGACAAAAAUGACUAUGAAUGGCUUCUGACCCCUCCAGGUACUCCCUUAUUUCCUUCUUUGGAGAUCGAAUCACACAAGGCUAUGUUGAGUCAGUCCAAUAAUUCAAAGGCUCGCCCGAAUGCAUUGAAUUCUAGGCUGUCAAAUUCUUCAACGGAGCCAGCUACGAGGAACAGCUUAGCAUCUAGACAGCCGACUUCUUCUCCCGGGCUGAGCUCUUCUGGUGGAGCAAACCAAAGAAGACCUUCAUCAUCGGGGGGACCCGGAUCGAGACCUGCAACACCCGUUGGAAGGCCCACACUUACUACAAAUCCGAGAUCCUCAAGGGCUUCAACCCCAACUUCGCGAGCCAUAUUGCCAUCUACUACAAGGCCCUCCGCGACGAAUUCCACUGUUUCAGUGACUAGAACCGCAUCUGCAAGUAGGGCAACAGGAACAGCCGCUAGGCCCACAUCUACCACUGCUAGACAGAUCGGUUCAGCCACUAAGCCCACCGGUUCAGCAUCGAGGUCCACUACGAGCACCACAAAGCCUGCAGGUCCAUCAAGGUCCACUACACCUCUGUCGAGGUCUACUGCCAGAUCUUCGACCCCAACUUCAAGAGCCUGUAUUCCUCCUCCUAAAACUAUAUCGAGAUCAGCCACACCAACUCGUCGAUCGAUUACUUCAGCAGCUGCACCUUCAACAAAGCCAACUAUCUCCCAAGUCAUGCCUUCUUCUCCAGUGGCAAAGCCAUCUAAAAUCCCCCCUUCACCUCGUGGAACUUCGCCAACAGCACGGUCCAGGGCAUGGAAGCCAUCAGACAUGCCUGGUUUCUCGUUAGAAACGCCGCCAAAUUUGAGAACAACGUUACCGGAUAGGCCGCUUUCAGCAACGAGAGGCAGGCCAGGACCACCGAGCCUGCGUUCUGCUUCGGUUGAACCAGGUCUCACGGGAAGACCGAGACGGCAAUCUUGCUCACCCUCAAGAGGAAGAGUCCCGAUGCAUCCUAGCGGAAGCUCUGUUCCUGCGGUUAGCCGUGGAUAUUCGAAGGCCAACGACAACGUCAGUCCAGUUGUGAUUGGGACAAAAAUGGUCGAUCGAGUGAUAAACAUGCGGAAGCUUGGACCUCCAAGAUUGGACAACGGUUCUUCUCCCCACAGCAACAUGUCCGGGAAAUCUUCAUCGCCCGACAGUUCAGGAUUCGGAAGGACACUAUCCAAGAAAUCCCUCGAUAUGGCGAUAAGGCAUAUGGAUAUACGUAGAACCAUACCAGGUAACUUGAGACCGUUGAUGACAAACAUUCCGGCAUCAUCGAUGUACAGCGUGAGAUCGGGAGAUUCUCGUACCCGGACAGUUAGUGUCUCGGAUUCGCCACUCGCUACAAGCAGCAAUGCCAGCUCGGAUAUAAGUCUUCACAUCAACAACAACAACAACAACAAUGGCCUUCUUCGCUUCGGAAGAGAAGAAGAAGACGUUGGGAGUGAGAGAGGCUGCAGAUGAUGUAAUAUUAUUAUUUCUCGCAUUUCUCCCCUUUGUCUUACGUGAUUUGUAAUGUCCGAAAAAAAAAAAACACGUGGCCUAAUUCGCUCGGGUUUUUUUUUACCAUCAUUGUGAAUCUACACGAUGUCAGAGCUUCUUCGAGGAACUGUAAUCUUCGUGUUUCAAUUCACUUUUGUGUACUAAUUAAAGAGAUAUUGACUCAG